UUAUUAUCAGUCACGCGUUCGGCCGAGAUGGCGGUGUUUUCGUGCUGCUGCUGCUUCCCCAAGUGUGACUGCGGCCCGCACCUUUAGAUGUUCUUUGGACUUAAAAUACCGAUUUUAUAUCCUUCCUUAAAAGCGAGACGUAUGCACGGUUGCCUUCUGGGAUGUCGGCUCUGAAAUCUGAAUGCCGGAAGUUUUCACCGAACGUGUUCAACAAAACCAAAUGUCAAAAUUGCUUUCGAACCAAAGAAGCCCAUUCUGCAGAGGCCUUGGAAAAUAACAGGGCUUCGAGGAAUGUUUCCAAAUGUGGAUAUCUUUUUGUGGCACCUGACUGGGAUUUCAACGUCUCUGUCAACAGAACAAAACGAUGGCAGAGAAGGUGGUUUAAAUUGUUUGACGACGGGGAGCUCACUUACGCCUUGGAUGAGUUCCCGGACACAAUACCGCAAGGCACGAUCGACAUGAACAAGGUGCUGGAUGUGUCUGACGCCGAGAGUCUGACGGGAAAUGAAUUCGCCAUUGCCCUCACAACUCCUGAAAAGGUUCACUUUAUUAAAGGAACCUCCAAAGAAGAAAGCAAAUGGUGGUUCGACGCAUUGUCACGUGUUCUUCCUCGCCAUUUAUCUAGAGGCAAGCAUAAGAGAAAUGCGACUUUCCCCUGUGGAAAAGCUAUAAUCCCACCCUCUAAUGUUAUAUCUCAGGAUUACUCUGAAGACGAUAUUCGGUUAAAAGAUUACUCCCGCCCCAAAUUUUUGAGCACGUCUGAGUUAAACGAUAGUGACGAGAAAGAGUGGAAUUUGACUUUGAGUCAGGAGGAUGAAGUGUUUUGUGCCAAAGACGAAGGAGCUGUUGUAGAUGAAGACGAAGAGAAAACAUUUACAGACAAAAAUGUGGAAGUGAAAAAUGCUCUGAAUAAUAUUAUACCUGAAUCCGUGCAAAAGGAUAUUGAAGGUAAACUGGGCAUAGCAAUUAUCUUUGCCAGUUUUACACCAUUAUAUUUGUUCUUAACUAGGAAUAAAGAAUUCCUUUUUGACGAAAACAACUUAUCUACACACCGAAGGAACAGACGUUAUCUUAAGCGGGAAAAUCGCGUGCAACGGAAUCAGCGCAGCCGGUUCGAUGGAGUUUCCAAAAUGAUUCCAAGCAAAAAAGCCACAGAUAAACAUCUGAAUGAUGCCCAAGAUUCUCUGGGGAAUGUGAAUGCCCUUUCAGCCAUCGCAGCUUCGGAGAAGCUGGAAUAUCUUGAGUCCAUCCAAAGCAAAGAAAACAAUGUCACGAGUCCAAGCAAAGAAGUGGCCGAAGAUGAUUCAUCUUCAACUGAUACCAUAGGCUCAGUGAGAAAAAUGAAUUCUGUAACUUCCAAAAAAACAAAUUUAAGAAAGUCCGAAUCCUUGAAGAACAUUCCAUCACAAUCUCACUCGGAAAUGCGAGACCAAGUGACGAACCUGCGAAGGUACCACUCCUUUAGGGGAUCUUAUUCCUCGAGGAAGCAGAAACCCUGUAUAGCAUCCAAUCAGAAGAAAGUCAAACUUGCCUCCAACUCUUUCAGAACAUCUAAGGACUCGUCAGCAGCACGAGUUGAACAUAUGGAGGCGGCAGCUGCAGAUACAAGUAAUGACGUUAAUUCACAGGAUGUAUUUAUGAAAACAGGAUGGAUUCUUCGUCAAACUUUAACCAAAGAAUGGUCAAGACAUUGGUUCGUCUUGAAGGAUUCUUCCCUUACCUACUACAGAGAUCCUUCUGCUGAACAUUGUGGUAUUAUGGACGGUAUUUUAGACCUCAACCAAGUGAGCAGCAUUCGAGAAUAUGAAUCUGACAGACAUUACGCAUUUUGCUUAUUGAUGUGGGAUGGCAAGAAACAUAUCCUGGCAGCAGAAACAGAAGAGAUGCGGUUUACUUGGAUACAAGCUAUCCAGUACGCUACGAACUUGUGGAGCUCAGAAUCCAAAGAAGACUUCAUCAAGACGGAAAUUGUAUUGCCGGAACAUAAUUACAGCCUUUCUGAUAGGAUCUCUUCACCAUCUAGUCUCAUCUCAUUGCAAAGUUUGGAGGAAGACGGACCUUCAGAGUCUUCCUCCAGCGAUGACCAGUCAGAGUAUUUUUCAAUUGUUGACGAAGAUGAGGAUACUCCAUGUUCAAAUUACCACGAUGACGACUUGGAUAUGAUUCUGUCUCUGCAUAACAUAAUAAAUGAAAAUAACUUAUGUUAUUUGUCUGGCAACUCUUGUCAUACUAAAGAAGCAUACAACGCUGAUUCCAAACCAGAUUCAAACCAAGAACGGCUAUCUAAAUCUGAGGAAGACAUGACCGAAACUGAAUUCUCUGAGGCUGAUACUUAUUAUGGAAAAAUCAAAUCCGAAGAUGUUUUUAGAUCAUACUCAGCUGAUGCAAAAUCUGAGGAUGGGUGUUAUGCUUGUUCGAAAUUUAAGUCGAAACUAAUUGCUGCUAAAGAAGAAAUACGAAAGCUUCGGGAAGAACUUCGAGAAGCCCACUCUAGUUUCGACAAUUUAGAAAUGUUUUCUUUCAAAAUUCAACAGGACAUGAAGGCAAAAGAGCAGAGUUAUGAAUCUCAAAUUGCCCUGAUGACAGCUAAGAUUGACGAUCUUACUGGUAAAUUCACAAUUGCAGAAAGAAAUUACAGACAGUUAAAACAAAAAGUUGCCAAAGAUGAAUACAAACAAGAAAAGAGGAAAAGUUCGCUGAAAAAUAAAGAUGUGCUUUCUUUAUCCAAAGAGUACGAGUCAAAGCUCUCCGAACUGGAAGUGAAAAUGAUGGAAAUUGAAUCAUCGAUAAGAAAAGGGUCAUCAGAUGCUGAAUCAGAAAUUUCUUCAUCGCAGGAAACAAAUGAAAUUACUGAAUUACCUCAAUCACCUUCGAAGCACCAACUAAGUAACGGGUUAUUUUCUCGAUUACAAAGUUUAGGAGCUAGAGUAAAAACUGCCGAUGAGACAGUUUCAGAACAAUCUCUAAACAUUGAAAACAAUUCCAAAGGGCCUAAAAUUUGUGUUCAAGUACGAGAAAGUGAAGGAUCUAGUUCUUUGGACGAUUCUGACGAUUGGCAAACUGUUACACUUACCAAAAAUGCACCUAACGGCUUCAGCGUAAGUUCAGAUAAAAUUCCGAAAACUUUUUCCGACUUGAAAAGUAUGUUCACUCAGAAAUUGCACUCCCUCUUUGAUUGGUUUAAACUGUCCUUAAACACUAUUUCACAAAAGUUCGAAUCCGAAGAAAAUGAAGAAAAAUCUAAACUUAUUACUUGUGUUAACGAAGUGUUAGAUGUCCUAUACGGUUCUGUGCCAGAAGAUAUUAAAUCCUCGGAGACCAGACUUAUCUAUUAUUUUGUGUUACUCUUUUCUGAAGCUUCAAAUGUUUAUGAAAGGAUUAACUCCGUUUCGUUUAUUGAUUCCUUAUUGAAACUUAAUGUUACUGAAUGGACUUUCAGUGUUAUUAGCAAAUUGUUAUGCAAUAUUUUCAUUAGUGACAAAAAAUCGAACGUUUCGGGAAUCAUUCGCUUAACAACUGAAAUUCCUCAGCUUAAAAGGUUUUGCCCUUUAUUUAAUAAGCUUCUGCAUCCAACCAAUCAGGACAGUUCCUUCUCUACUUCUGUAGAAAAAGUAACAGAACUGACAAAUCAGUACGAUGAAAUUCUUGAAUUGUUCGAUAAAGCCAAGAACAAAAGAUUUAUAGCUUUGUGGGAUACUCUAUCUGAUGUUCCUGUUCAAGACGAUGCGGCCAAUUCUCAGAAAAUCAAACCAAUGCUUAGGUAUGUUACUUCAAUCGCCUCAAGUGUCUUCCAGGCUGCAGAAAUGCAACUGUGUUCCUUCCAAAGCCAAUCGCUGCACAUUCUUAAAGCAGAACAUGACGUCAUUCAUUCGUGGUGCUCAGAGACAUAUAAAGCUUUAACUUACAUUUUUCAGACUUUUCUUGUUGAUCUUAAAGAACAGUGUCCUAUGAUUAAUGAGUUAACUGUUCCCAUUUCAGAGCUUAGCAACGCAUCUCAUACAGAAAUAACUUCAGUCGUAUCUGAACUAGCAUUUCUUUACAUUGCUGGCGUAGUUUUAGAAACUGCAAUGUCUUUUAUUUUAGAAAGUAAAGAUUGUGCAACUUUGGACAGUGUACCUCACGAGAAAUGGAUUAUCCAGCUGAAGAGGAAUUACUCAACCAAGACGAAUUUUGUCACCGAUGGUAACCUCUUUGACUGUUCUCAGUGCAUUGUGUUGAACGCCACACUGUCUCAAACAAAAAUCGAGGCGAUUGGUAUCAGUAACGAGAAUUACUGUGAGUCAAAAUCCAUAUCGUCUGGCCUUAAAUUUGAAACUGAAAAUUCUUCGGCGCUUAGUAGUACCUGUGCAAGUUGUUUGGAAAUUUUUACUGAAAACAUGUUGAACAAGAAAGCUGAGAUGGAAUUAAGUAACCGGAAGUGUUCACAGUGUGAAAGACUACAAGUUCAACUGAAUGUUUUGGAAAAGGAGCACCAGUCCGAAUUAAAUUCGCUGGCAAAUAACUUCCGCAAUGAGCUUGAAAUCUUAGAAGAACGCCUUCAAAGCAAUAAUGAGGUGCAUGAACAAGUACUAAGAAAAAAGGAAGACGAAUUGGAGUCGACAGUUUCCGAACUACAGCGAUUAAAAAACGAAUACGAAGAUAAAAUACAAAAUUUUAAAAAUUUGUAUGAACAAAAACUUCGCCUUCAGUAUGACAAUAUCGAAGACAAUACUAUUUGUGAAAUUUAUAAGAGGGAAAUUGAAGAUGUAAAGGUUAGUUUUUUGCAGGAUAUGUUUAAAAAGGGUCUAGUCGCAAUAGAAAACUCUCACAAUCGCAUUACUUCAGAAAUGGAGAAACGUCACAAAGAUGAAGUUGCUCUUUUAAAUGCCGAAAAGCAGAAAGCACUAGAAUUAGAAGCUGAGGCAACAAUAAAAGCCUUAGAAGCUAUAAAGAAGUCGCAUGCAAAGCAAUUAAAAGAGGAGAAAACUUCCAUAAAAGAGGAACUAAUGAAUAAAUUGCAAAUAGACGGGCAGUAUGAGACUUUUUACCAGAAAUAUGGAAAUGAACUUCAGGAACUGAAGGCCGAAAUCCUCCAUAUUACCGACUUGUAUUCUGAAAAGUGCCUGGAAAAUGUAGCUUUAGAAGAAAAAGUAAACUCCUUGAGGCAGCAGUUGCAAGAAGCCCACAACGAGCUAUAUGAACUUUUAAUUAGAAAUAGAGAUCUGGAUCUUCAUUUGUCAGCGAAUUAGCAGUUUAAGAAGCGUCUGAAUAAUUUGAUGAUUUUUAUCUUGUUCAUAGGAAUGUUCCUUCUGUGCCACUGUAUGUUUACCAGCUUCCUAGACUUUGGUAUUUUCUCAGCAAUAUGUACAAAAUAUAUUUUGUUUUAAUAAAUUGUUGUCUAAUUUGU